AUGGAAUGUUCGACCCGAGGGUCGACGCCUCCCAGAAGAACAUCAGCCGGACUCUCUCAAUCAUACUUCGGAAGACGUGAAGCAGAUCCGAAGGAGACGUCGCUGCUUGUGGAUCUUGGACAGGGACUCUCCCGAUUUCCUACCGCUCCCACCAAGACUUCCGUCUUUUCCGCUAUCGAAAACGAUCCGGUCAUUGCCGAAUUGCACUUUGAAGAUCGAAGCCUGAAAAAGAGUAUUCUGAAGACCUAUUCGGCGGUCUACGAGCCUUCUCUUACAAGAGAAACCUUCCCUAUGGAACAGAAAAAUGGCCACACGGUGCAUGUCCGCGCCCCUGCUAUUUAUAUUCCGCAUUUCGACAACUUUGUGAGAGAAGCCAUGUGGGGUUCGACAUGCACUUCUUCAGAUGAAGAAAAUCUUUUGAGGGAAGGGCAAACACAGUUCUCGACUGCUGAACUCUUUACUGGCUAUUUUUACCUGCUUCGGAAUCUGGACUCAACAUGGAUCGCUAACCCUGCAUACCUCGCCGACUCCCUCAGUAGAGAGGUGGCCGCUGAGUUGGUGUACUUCCUUGCCUUUCGCCUCGGUUUGCUCUAUUCACAACUACUUUCCCAGUGGCAGAGUCUUAGCGCAGACAUAUCUCUUGGAAGACAUCAAGCAAUUGCCUUCUACGGUUUGGAAGUGGUGUAUCGCAUCAUGAGAUCAGUAGGAACGAUUUGCUGGAAGAUUCCCAGCCGCCACCCACUUCAGCCAUUGUCACGUCUGGAGACUGACUUUCGGCAAGCGUCAAGCGACGUUCUUGAUCGAAUCCUGGCCUAUGAAUGCUAUCUCUCUGCAAAUGUUAGAGGAGCAAACAGAACUAGGUCUUUGCCCAAAGUUGUCGAAUUUGCCAGGGCAGAAGGGAAGAAGGCCUUUCCCAGCCAUCUCGCCGUGACUGCGUACAAACACGGCCUCCUUACCCAGAGCUUCAAUGCUUUUCCUCUGAUGCACCUGGGACAUGAAAAAUACUCCAUCAUCGACGUUUUGACAAAGUCUGAAGAAGGCCUAACCUCGGAUAUUCUCAGCGGCUCCGUCAAUCCAAGAACACGAUUCCCUGAAUAUUGGGUGACGGAAGAUAACUCGAAAGUUAUUUAUCGUCUGCCGACUCUUCAGUAUGACACGCACACAGAAUCGAUGGACACCAUUAGCUCCACUUGUGGGUCUACAGUAAGAUCCAAACAAGAGUUUCCGAUUUGCGAGUUACCAUCCGCGCCUGCCGGAUCUGUCCGUUCUUUCGCAUCGGUUCCUGAGCUAAUGAAUCUCUCGUCGUAA